UUUUCUCUGAGCCCCAUUUCAGAACUUCCCUAUUGUUUUAUAUAGUCAAAGGUGCUUAUUUCCAACUCCCCCUCAUCCCUUCUCCCAACACCACAGAGCCCUAAUGCUGUUCAACUUGGGGUGCUGUGGGACACAAAUAGUGACUCCCAUGCCUGGGUUGGCCCUAUCUGUCAUGUGUUCUGGGUGAGCACCAUCCUGUGGAUCCUGAAGCAUGUAUCAGGCAAAGGCUCCCAAGAGUGCCUUGAGGGCGAUCUCCUUGAGGGCAAGCCCCGAGGACACUUUUUAUCCUGAUGUCAUCAGUCUGACACGUGGUGGUAGUCAUAUGGUGUUUGUUUAACAACUUAACUCCAAGCCUGGGUCAUCACUGGAAGAAUGAAAACAUUCUGGGCAGCUCAACAGAAGGUAUAUGGGACCACUGAAGAUCACUCACAGGAGGGGUGGUACUGCCUCCUAGGGGACAUUUUAGAAAUUUAUGGGCCGUUUUUUGGUUGUCAAAAGGUUCUGAGGGCAUGUUAUAGAAGGUGUUUUAGUUAUCCUGGGUAGGAUGCUAGACUUCCUAAAAUGCUCAGGACUUCCAUACUGUGAAGAAUUCCCAAGACAGUUUGAAUGACUGGCUGGUGAUCAUCAUGUCUAUGAAAAUUCUGUUUAUAUUUAUCUAAGCCUAGGACUAUUACAUGUAAACAUGAAAUAGUUUUGCACAUUUUGGAAAAAGACUCAGCUUGCCUGGAAUGUAUCUCCAUGUCAAUUAGAACAAAUUCAUUUUGCUCAGCACUUUACCAAGAGUUUGUUCGCCAUUUUGGAAAGUCAGGUUACCAACGUUAGCACUGCUUGUGGUCUCUGAGUCAAAAAUAAAGCACCAGUAUCAGUUGGCCUUGUAGCUGUCGCAUCCACAGCGAUUCUACAUAUGGAUGUGGGAAUCGGACUACUUCAUUGUCUUCUGGUUUAGUUGUGCCAAGCUUUCAUAUAAUGAAAUGCAUGUUAUUGUAAAUUUCAUUUCUACAUCACAGUGAGGACAUCAUAUGGAGUAGUGGCUGUUGUCAUGUGUGAUGUAGUGUAUGUCAUUCACAAGUUUCAUUUUUAGGUAGUCCAGGGGGCCUGGUCCUAAAAGGGUUGAGAACUAUGGAUCUAGUGGUGACGGUUUUGAAUGUUGGUGCUGGGAGAGAGGAAAUACAGUCUGCAAAAUCUCCCCAGGUUAUUUUGGUGGGUCUUCUCCCCACCCCUCCUCUCCUACUUUCCAGAACCUGGUCUAGCAGUGGGGGAUCUGGGUGAAGAUUCUUGGGGGAGGGGGUCCAGAACUUGGCUUUCCAGUUAAUGGCUGAUGGAAUUUGCACAAGAGCUGGGCAAAGGUGAAAGGGCUUUGUCCUGCCCCAAAUUCCUCAUCCCUUUGCUCCGCUUCAUUGACACCCCCACCCCUCCCCAGCCCCUCCCUAACUUCACCCAAACUCUGACCUCUGACUCUCUAUUUAACUCUGGCCCAGGGCUGCCCAAACAAGACAAAAGGCAGGGCAGCAUGAGCGGAUCACACCCCCAUUCUAUCCAACUCCGAUCGGUGGGUUCCCAGGAUGUCCUGGCUCCCCUGCCACCACCUGCUCCCCAGAAUCACUCCUCCCACUCCUGGGCCUCUCUGUGUGGGCCUCCGCCCUGGGGCCUCAGCUGUCUUCUGGCUCUGCAGCAUAUCUUGGUCAUGGCAUCUCUGCUUUGUGCCUCCCACCUGCUCCUGCUUCGCAGUCUUGCCCCAGGAGGACUCUCUUACUCCCCUUCUCAGCUCCUGGCCUCCAGCUUCUUUUCAUGUGGUGUGUCUACUGUCCUGCAAACUUGGAUGGGCAGCAGGCUGCCUCUUGUCCAGGCUCCAUCCUUAGAGUUCCUUAUCCCUGCCCUGGUGCUGACCAGCCAAAAGCUACCUCUGGCCAUGGAGACACCUGGAAACUGUGAGCACAGAGCAAGGGCAGGGGCCUCCCUCUUGCUGCACCUGUGUAGGGGGCCUGGCUGCCAUGGCCUGGAGCUCUGGAACACUUCUCUCCAAGAGGUGUCCGGGGCAGUGGUGGUGUCUGGGCUGCUGCAGGGCGCACUGGGGCUGCUGGGGAGUCCUGGCCACUUGUUCCCCCACUGUGGGCCCCUGGUGCUGGCCCCCAGCCUGGUUGUGGCAGGGCUUUCUGCCCACAGGGAGGUGGCCCAGUUUUGCUCUACUCACUGGGGCCUGGCCCUGCUGGUUAUCCUGCUCAUGGUGGUCUGUUCUCAGCACCUGGGCUCCUGUCACAUACCUGCAUUCCCCUGGAGGCCAGCUUCACCCUCUUCAACUCACACUCACCUCCCUGCCUUCCGGCUGCUCUCGGUGCUGAUCCCUGUAGCCUGUGUGUGGAUCACCUCUGCCUUUCUGGGUGUCAGCAUUGUCCCCCAGGAGCUGUCUGCUCCCCCAAAGGCACCAUGGUUUUGGCUGCCUCACCCAGGUGAGUGGGACUGGCCUUUGCUGACACCCAGGGCUUUGGCUGCAGGCAUCUCCAUGGCCUUGGCAGCCUCCACCAGCUCCCUGGGCUGCUACGCCCUGUGUGGCCGGCUGCUGCACUUGCCUCCACCUCCUCCGCAUGCCUGCAGUCGAGGGCUGAGCCUGGAGGGGCUGGGCAGUGUGCUGGCUGGGUUGCUGGGCAGCCCCAUGGGCACUGCAUCCAGCUUUCCCAAUGUGGGCACAGUGAGUCUUAUCCAGGCUGGAUCUCGGCGAGUGGCCCACUUAGUGGGGCUGCUUUGUGUGGGGCUUGGGCUCUCCCCGAGGCUGGCUCAGCUCCUCACCACCAUCCCGCUGCCUGUGCUCGGUGGGGUGCUGGGGGUGACGCAGGCGGUGGUUCUGUCCACUGGAUUCUCCAGCUUCCACUUGGCUGACAUUGACUCUGGGCGGAAUGUCUUCAUUGUGGGCUUCUCCAUCUUCAUGGCCCUGCUGCUGCCAAGAUGGUUUCGGGAAGCCCCAGUCCUACUCAGCACAGGCUGGAGCCCCUUGGAUGUGUUACUGCACUCACUGCUGACAGAGCCCAUCUUCCUGGCUGGACUCUUGGGCUUCCUCCUAGAGAACACCAUUCCUGGCACACGGCUUGAGCGAGGCCUAGGUCAAGGGCUGCCAUCUUCCUUCGCUGGCCAAGAGGCUCAGCUGCUGCAGAAGUCCAGGGAGAAGGCUGCUCAAGAGUAUGGGCUUCCUUUCCCUACCCAAAACCUGUGUCCUUGCAUCCCCAAGCGUCUCUGUUGCCUCUGCCCACUGCCUGAAGACCCUGGGGAUGUGGAAGGGGGGUCCUCUGAGCCAGGAGAGAUGUCAGACUUGCUGCCUGGCUCUAGGGAACCAUGCCCUCCAUCUAGCAGAGAAGGGCUUAGGUCCCAGUAAUUACCAAGAC